AUGUCGGUGUGCAAUGACGGCCUCUUCACGCCCGUCUCCGAUUGCCGCUUCUUCGACUUUACCGUCACCUUCUCCAAUGCCAUAUUUGCCAUCCUACCGUCGAGCAUCGCCAUCUUGCUCAUCGCUGCUAGACUGACACACAUUCGCAAGAAGCCCGACAUCCCUACCUCUGCGACGCAGCCUCGAUUAUCGCUUCUCAGAUCGUGUGCUCCCCACUCCGAUCCCAUCAGUCUCUUUGGCGCUUCCGUCUACAUCUGCAAUGCCGUGCUCAGCCUUGUCCUCAUCGGCCUUCUGGGAGCACCGUCCUCUCACUCGCUCAGGCAUGCCAUGGAUGAUCGGACAGGCAUGCCCAGCGUCGUGCUUCCCUUCAUUGCAUCGCUUCUCGCUAUCCCACUUUCCGUAGCCGAACGAAGGAAGACCCGCGGCGGCAACAUGGCCUUGCCUCUCUGGCUCCUGUUGACCCUGCUCUUCGACGCUUGCCGCAUCCGCACUUUCAACGCCAUCCCGUCUAUUCGACACACGUCCUUCUUCUACGUCUAUGUGAUCGCGUUCGCCUGCCAAGCCUUGAUGCUCACCGUCGAGAACGCGACCAGCAUCCGCGGUGUCGAUGUCAACUCAACCAACGAAUCGCGUGCCAGCUUCUUCUCGCGCCUUCUUUUCAUCUGGGUGUUUCCGCUCUUGUGGAACGGCUUCCGCAAGCCACUCGAGAUGGAAGACCUCGACUCGUUGAAGCCCGAAUUCUACGGACGUUCACUUGCCAAGAGUUUCAUCGCCAGCUGGUCUGGAAUCUCAAACGAGCCGCAACAGGGUCAAUCUGCAUUCCAGCACCUUGAUGACGGCGCGAGCAUGGACGUCAAACACAACGCUUCGCGCUCCAGCGCUGAAUCGUAUCCGCUUGAGAAGCUCUCUUCGCAGCAGGCUCAACCUCCAGCACAAACGUCUGAAACUGCACAACUCUACAACGGAAGAUCUUUCCCUAGAGGAAAUGCGAACCGUGGCCUCUUGUGGGCAACGCUUCGGGCUUUCCCUCUCGCUGCGCUUCUCCCUGUGCCUUGGAAGCUGUUGCUCACUGCCGCCGAACUCGCGCAGCCUCUGCUCGUCUCUACCACGCUGGCAUUCGUACAGUCCUACUCAGGCACCGUCAAGGGCGAGGCUGUCACCGCACAGCCCGUCGUCUAUGGAUGGGGUCUCGUCGGCGCGUACGCCUUCGUCUACCUCGGCCAGACCUUCGCCACUGGCCAGUAUUGGCAUGCCAGCUCUCAGCUCAUGUGCAAGAUCCGAGGCGCAUACGUCGAAUCUAUCUAUCGGAAGGGCCUCAACCUGCACCUCCGAACUGCGCGCACCAGCGGCGGAGGUAAAGCCGCUAAUCUGAUGAGUGUCGAUAGCGAACGCGUCGUCAAGGCCACUACCGUCGUUCACGAUCUCUGGAGCGGCGUCAUCACCAUUGCCAUCGGUGUCUACCUCCUAUACACCCAGCUUGGCCUCGUCUUUUUCGCUUCGAUGGUCUCCGUUCUCGCUUGUUUGCUCCUCACACCGCUCGCAAGUCGUGGUAUGGGGACGCGGCAAGGCGCCUGGAGUGCCCUUACGGACAAGCGGGUCAACCUCACCUCUAGCAUCCUGUCCGAUAUCAAAGGCGUCAAGGCAUCGGCUUACGAGGACAUCUUGCACCGCAAGAUCUCCGAGGUCAGAGCGGAAGAACUGAUCAAGCGGAGCAACGUCAUGAAGCAGCUUACCGGCGUUGUCGUCUUCACAAACUGCACAGGCGAGCUUCUCGGCCUAUCGACGUUUGUCACGCUCAUUCUCGUAGACAGGCUAAGCGGUAGCAACCGUUUCGAUCUGAACACGGUCUUCACAACCCUCACAAUCUUUGGCAUCUUGCAAGCUCCUCUACUCGCGAUAGGUCAGCAAUACAGCUUCUUGCUACAAGCCUGGGCCAGUAUGAUUCGUAUCGAGGAGUUCUUGAACAGUCAAGACAAGCCCGAAGUUCAGGAUGCAAUCGAUCAGGGUAUCGCUGACAACGCCAGCAAUUCCAGCUCCAGGGAUGCUCCACAGGCUUACGCUGCCAAAUUUGUCGAUGCCGAUCUUGGCUGGUCGCAAGAGAUUGUGCUCAGCGGUGUCAAUCUCGAGAUCCCGGCCGGUGCUCUUACCAUGAUCUCUGGAAGACUCGGUCAAGGCAAGUCGACGCUGUUGCAAGCGAUCCUCGGCGAGUCAGACUUGAUCAAGGGCCUGCAGCAGCUUCCUCUCCUUGCUGACCGUGUCGCUUACGUCAGUCAGGAUGUCUGGCUGCAGGAGAAACGAUCCAUUCGCGAGAACAUCGUGUUUGGGACUGGAGAAUACGACGAAGAGAGAUAUGUCACAGCCCUUCGCGCGUGCGCUCUCACAGAGGACAUCGAUGGCUUGCAAGAAGGUGAUGCCACUACGGCCAGUGCGCUCAGUGGUGGUCAGCGCCAGCGAGUUGCUGUGGCUCGAGCUGUGUACAGCGAUGCCGAAGCUUUUCUCUUUGACGACAUCACCAGUGCCCUCGAUGCAGAGACGGCUGCUCACAUGUGGCGAUCACUGAUGGGCUCGGCAGGCCUUCUUCAAGGAAAGACUGUCAUCAUGGCCACCAACGCUGUACAUCUCCUCCACCACGCACAGCUGGUCGUGCGUAUCGACGGUGGCAAGAUCGCUGAGCAAGGUCGCUACGAGGAGCUUUCCAUGAAGGGCAAGGAUGCCAUCUCGCGUGCAAGCAUCGACUCGCAGAGAGCCAUGCCAUCCGCCGAUCAGACGAAAGACAAGCCAAUCAAGAGCGGUGUGCCUGAGAAGCAGGAAGCCGUCAUGACUGGAUCCGUUGGCUGGGAGGUGUACGCCGAUUGGUUCAAGGCCGCCGGCCUAGGAAAGAUAUCCUUCUUCUUCGUCCUCUGUGUUUUGGGUGCUGCAGCAAUUCUCGCGCCCUCGUAUUACCUGCAAGCAUGGGCAGAAGCACAGCAGAGGCACCGGUUCCAAGACUGGGGUGCUUGGAUGGCAGGCUACGUGUGCCUGAUGCCGCUCAACCCGAUCUUCCUCGCCGUUAGCUUCUGGAUCUUCCAGACUUCCUGCGCAGAGUCGGCAGGUAACAGACUGCAUGCCGCUGAGCUCAGAGGCGUCCUCUCGGCGCCACUGUCGUUUUUCAGCAAAUGGAGCUCGGGACAGAUCAUCAAUCGCUUUUCGCAGGAUCUCUUCAAUGUCGAUCAGACCUUCACUCAGGCUCUCACGAACGCGGCGUUGAUCACAUUGUCGGUGCUGGGUAUUCUUGUUACCAUGGUAAUCCCAGCACCUUACCUCGCCGUCCUAGCGGUCGGUUUGAUCGUCCUUUCGUGGGGACUGCAGCGACUCUACAUCCCUUCGAGUCGCCAACUUCGAAGACUGGAGAUGGGCGCCAAGAGUCCGCUUUACUCGCUCUUCUCCGAAACGUCUUCGCCGUCGGGGUUGGCAACCGUUCGAGGCCUGAAACGUGAAGCGUCGCUUCUGGAGCUCAACACACGAUCGCUGGAUAUCUCGCAGACGCCGUAUUACCAUCUGUUUGCUGUACGACGAUGGUUGCAGACGUGGCUGCUGCUGCUUACCACCAUUAUCAAUGUGGCACUUGUGCUGCUAGUGGUCGUGCUGCGUCACUCGUCGAAGGCUGGUCUGCUCGGUGUCGCGCUGGUGCAGGCGACCGAGUUAGGCAUCUUGCUCAACCACACGGUCAUCAGCUACACGGAAGUAGAGAUCGCGGGUGUCGCGCUGGAGCGAGUUCGCGAAUUCAGCCAGCUGGAGCCCGAGGAGGAUAUUGCCGCCGUUGCCAAAGGCAAGGACGGCGACACGACAAACGCGCAUGUGGUGCAAGGCAAUAUCGAGUUCGACCGCGUCACCGUGUCAUACUCUGCCGAGCUGGAGCCAGCGGUCAAGGAGAUCAGCUUCAACCUCCCUGCAGGCAAGCGUCUCGGCCUGGUAGGACGAUCGGGCAGCGGGAAGAGCACGACGCUCCUCGCGCUUUUCCGCAUGAUCGAGAUGCGAUCGGGCACGAUCCGCAUCGACGGCAAGAGCAUCUCUGAGAUCCCCUCGCAAAAGCUCCGCUCACAGAUGACGAUCGUCGCUCAAAAUCCUCUGGUGCUCGCUGCCACGAUCCGAGAAAACCUGGACCCGGAGGGCGUCUGCACCGAGGCCGAGCUGUGGGACGCCCUGCACAAGUGCCACCUGGCCGAGUUUGUUAAAAAGCAGGAGAACAAGCUGGACGAGAUGCUGCUGACGGGCGAAUCGUUCAUCAGCACGGGACAAAAGCAGCUGCUGUCGCUAGCACGCGCUCUGCUUCGCAAGCGCAGGAUUCUAGUGUUGGACGAGGCCACCAGCGCCAUGGACGUGGAAACCGACGCUGCUGUUCAGAGUGUCCUCGCCAAGCACUUUCCAGACACGACAGUGAUCGCAGUCGCGCACAGGAUCGCAACGGUGAUCGACUUUGACCAGAUCAUCUGCAUGUCGGCCGGUCGUGCGAUCGAGUCGGGCAGUCCGGAGGAGCUGUUGCAACAGCGCGGCGAGUUUUGGGCCCUGGCUGCAGAGCAGAAGUGCGUGUGA